AGACUACCUACUUUGCCUCCAACCGCAUCGACCUGCUGCUGCGAUGGAAGAAGAUCCAUGGGCAGCAGGUUCAUCGUGGUCCAUUCCUGGUCGUCUACCCGGUGAAGAUGAUAUCCAGAAACAGAGAGAAUCUACACCACCGCCGGCGGAAUCCCUUGAUGCCGAUCCUUGGGGGACAAACGUAGAUAUACCGCCAACGGGCAUUCCCCGUGAGCCUGCGCCUUUACCCUCUGGAUCUGCUCCGAGCGGCUUUGCAGACUUCCCGGAAACGCCGUCAUGGGGACAAGAGACCUCUACACAAGUCAGAACUGUUGAAGCCCUACCCGAGAAUGUGGAUUCAUCUUCGCCUCCCCAGCCCCCUCUACCUGAGUCUCCGCUUGCUGGCCCCUCAACACCGAGCGCAUUGGUCUUGAAUAGUCCAGAGAUGAGACAGAAGUGGCUUUCUCAGGAUACGGCACUCUCAUCUCCACCAACAUUCCCUUCCGACGGCUUUGGGUCUACUGGAUUCGAAGCAGACCCUCCAACAUUCUCCUCUCCUGGUCCUUCUACUCCUCCGAGACAAUUGGCCCAUGCCAUCCCUGAUGAUCUUGAUCCUGAGGCAGAUCUCAUCUCAGCUUUGAAGAUCGCAAGUCCUAAGCCGACAUUCUCUUUACCUGCCUCUCCAGCAUUCAGUGAUGGUGGAUUUGGAGGCUUUGCAUCACAUGGUGAUGGAUCUGAUCCAUGGGGUGGAGGAAGCGGGCCCGGGGGAGGAACGACAGGAAUGGGCGGCAUGGGCAUGAGCGAUUCAGACGACACCUGGGGUAGAGGAUCUAAUUCUGGAAUGUCGCCGAGAUUUGACGAUGGUGCAGGAGGCCAUGUGGACUCUGACUGGGGAGGUGCAUCCCCAGGUCGCGUGACAGCUCCAGCUGCCACUCAGCAGGACGAUUGGGAGGAAGCACAGCGAAUGAUGAAGCUACGAGCAGAGCGAGCACCCGACGAAAAGGUCCAGAAACUGAAAGCGGAAUGGAUAGACCUCGCGAACUCUGUCAUCGGUCCGGCUACGCUGGAGAAGCGCACGAAUGAAGAGGAAGCGAGACUGGAGCAAGGCGUCGCCUUGAUGCUCGCGGAGACUAGCGAAACACUGAGAUCACUUUCGGCCAUUCCCAACGAUAUUUCCACUUAUCCACCCGUCAUCUCAUCUCUUACGACUCACGAACGCCAUACGUAUGCCCUGUCACGACCAAACCCUGUUCCUUCGACCUCUCUCCUGACCGUCUUCGUCGCUCGUCGAUCCAAACGAACUGACAAUCUCUCCACAUCAUCACCCUGGCUCAGCAGAUCGCGACUUGGCGAACCCGAUGCCCCGAUCAUUGAAGCGCCAAAUAUGGUUGCCGAAGAUAGUAAAGGCAGAUGGUCAUUCUGGGGACGCAAAGCUGCUCCUAAACCACUCGUCACAUCCGGGGGAAGCAUUCUCGAGGUCAAAGGCUCUCCUACUGGCGAGACUGCCAGAGCUUCUGGAUCCGCUGAGAUGAACCGCUCUACGAGUCGGGCACCUUCCGUUUCAGUCUCUAUUAACACAUCUCGUCCCGUUUCGCCCGCACCCUCCCUCCUUGCUCAAGCUGCUACACCUACUCAAGCACCCUUACCACCGAGUAUCAGCCACGAAUCGGUAGGACACAAUGCACCUAGUGGGUCUUUGGGUCAGCAAACGCCUGCCGGUCCAUCUGCAGUCUCAAGGUUCUUUGGUCGAUUGUCGCGCAGACAGCCGUCGAAUCCUAGUCUCGAUAUGGACGGUACAGACCUUCAAUUGUCCAAUGAUGACCUGGACUUUUUACAAGAAGUUCCGAAUCUGUCGAGCGGUUCUGCCAAAUACGGCGCCGGAGAUUUACUGUCCUUAGAGCCUGGGCGCUCGGAGGAGAUAGCAGGUCUUGAGUCAAUGCUAGCGUCACGACCCAGUACUAUCCCUCCGCCGCUGGCGCCUCCACCUCCCCAGCGGACGUUUAGUCGCACGUCAUCUGGAACAGUCCCCAGUGGACGGUUCGUCGCGAAGAUGAAAGCGGCACCGGCCACCGAUAUGGAUCUCCUGGGUGAUCUGGACUUUGACAUGAGCGAGACGACCGCUGCCCCCUCUUCAUCGGGCCCACAAGCAUCCACGGCGGCCCCAUCUAUGUGGGAGGAUUUGCUCAAUUCAUCGACGCCAUCAGAACCGACGAGUGGGGGACCGAAACAUAUCCGCAUGCUAGCUUCGCCACCAACAAUACAACGAACUCCAUCGUCGACCCUCAACUCGAUCCCGAAAACUACGGCCCCGUCAUCCACCAGCCUCUUUGACGAUUUUGCUAGCCCUCUGCACGCAGGAACGAGCUCGACGACGUUUGAUGACUUCGCCAGUCCACACAAGGCAGAGCCGCCAAAUUUGACAUCGUUUGACGAUUUUGGCGACUUUUCAGCUUUUGAAAAUGCCGCUGCCUCCUCUUUCAGUCUCGGCUCCCUCUCUACUCCUGCAUCGAACACGAAGUAUCCUUCCAAUCUCUCCUUGACGUCCCAGUCCAAGCACGGCAAGACUCCCUCCGUGGAUCACAGUUCAACUAUGAACCUUUUAUCUGAAGCCAGUGCCUCAAAAGGUCGGAGGUGGCCAGCUCCUCCCUCACCGGCCGCUCCGAACCUUGAACCACCACCACGUGCGCCAGCCAAUUCAAACGGAGUCAAUCGGUCUACUUCCGAUGGCUUUCCAUUUCUCAGUCCUCCUCCUCCUCCUCGACCUGCUUCAGGUAAUGGUAGGAUGCAAAAUCUGUUGGAUGGGGACGAUGGUGGCUCAUCUGUAGUUCUCAGUCCGUCCGGGUCACUACCACCCCCGCCUGGAUCCCGUCCAACAGUGUCCGGCGGCGGCUUGAGCGGACCAAAUCCAGCGAAGCUCAAACCCACUUUAUCCCCCGGACCAAAUCUCGCCGCGUCAGAUUUAUCAUUCUUUGAUAGUCUUUGAGACCUUGGUCGGGUCCCGCUUGCAUUCUUCAACUGACA